UAUGAUUUUAUUUGGAGUUGGUGGUCAUCAUCUACAUUAUUGGAGGUUUAAUGAAAGACUUCUAUUGACUUACCCCUCGUCAUCAGCUAAAAACUCAUAUUAUCAUUAGAAUCAUCUUUAAUCCACAUAGAAACUUCAUUGAUUUCUAAGCUAAGGUUUGAAAAUGGAAGGAACCAUUUCUUUGAUCAUCUCUAAUCUAUUGUCUUCCUUGGAACGGUUGUCACAAUUUAUGCCUAUCUUUACUUCACUGGCUGCAUCUUCUUCAUCAUCUUCAUCAUCCACAGUUGAAGAAGAAAUGAUUAUUGAUGUUAAUUCAAUGCAAGAAGGAUUAAUGGAAGACUUGAGUCGGUUGUUAAGAAUACUGCAAAGAAUUCAAGCAUUGCUCCAUGAUGCUGCAAAGAGGGAAGUCCAAGACAAGCAAACCAAACUCUGGCUUAGUGAGCUUAGAAAAGUUGCUUAUGAUGCUGAAGAUGUUUUGGAUCAAUAUGAUUAUCAAAUUAUUAAAACCCAAGUGGAAGGAAUGACAACAACCGAAGAAAAGCCUUCCCUACAGAGGAAAAAAGUAGAUGAUGACGACGAUGAUUUUUAUGGAGACCAGGUAUGUCUUCUCAUCCUCAAAUCAAUUAAAAUUCUAGUUAUUAGAAAGCGAGGAGAUAAGUUGAUCAUGCAUGACAAUUAUGAUCAGGUAUCACCCCCAUCCUCCAAUUCAAUUAAAAUCCCUAUUUCUUGCGACAUGGCCAUGAGGAUCAUUGAGAUCAUAAAGAAAUUUGAUGAGAUUUCAAAUGAUAGAAAAGCACUUCAGCUUAGAGAAGAGAAUGCACCUAGGAGGCCUUGUUUCAAUGAUGUUAUGAAGAGGCCACCAAGUAGUUCUCUUGUGCGUGAAUCUGAGAUUUUUGGAAGGGAGGAGGAAAAGAAAAAGAUAAUUCAAUUGUUAAUGUCUCAUGAGAAGGAAAAUAUUGUAAUUCCCAUUGUUGGCAUGGGGGGUGUGGGAAAGACGACAAUUGUUCAACUUAUAUACAAUGAUCCUGUGGUAUGCCAAAAUUUCUACCCGAAGGUAUGGGUUUGUGUCUCUGAAGAAUUUGAUGUGUUGAGAGUCACAAAAGAAAUUGUGAUAUCCAUUAUGGGUUCAUCCAUUCACAAUGAUAAUAAUAAUUUGAAUGAUCUUCAGUGCAUACUCAAGAAGGCUUUAUUAGACAAAAAAUUCCUUCUUAUUCUUGAUGAUGUAUGGAACGAGAGACCAGAAAUGUGGGAGGUCUUGCGAGCCCCCUUUUUUGGUAUUGGAAUGGGAAAGAUUAUUGUAACAACUCGAUCUAUGUUAGUUGCUCGCAUCAUGCAAACGGUGUCCCCACUUGAGCUUGAAUGCUUGAAUAAAGAGAUGUCUUGGUUAUUGUUCCAAAGACAUGCUUUCUGUGGAUGGGAGCUUGAUCAACAACUAAAUUUUGAACAACUUGGGAGGAUAAUUACUAAUAAAUGUGGUGGACUGCCUUUGGCUUUGAAGGUUAUUGGGGGAUUUCUACGAUAUGAAGUUGAUGAUGAGAUAUGGAUGGAUGUGUCAAACAAUAAUUUAGGGGAGAUUGAGGAUACCAAAAAUUUUAUUUUACCUGCACUAAGGAUAAGCUACAGUCACUUGCCAUCAUAUCUUAAACCUUGCUUUCUUUAUGCAUCUCUAUUCCCAAAGAAUUAUUACUUUAAAAAAGUAGAAUUGACAAGAAUGUGGAUAGCUCAAGGUUACAUUCAACCUACACGAAGAAAAAGAUUGUUGGAAGAUAUUGCAUUUGAAUUCUUUGAAGACUUGGUGAAAAGGUCAUUCUUUCAAUGGUCAAAAUAUGUUAAGUGCUUCACUUUACAUGAUAUGGUGCAUGAUUUAGCUCAUUCUAUAACUAGAAAUGAGAUAUUUUCCUCAUUGGAUUUUGAUACAAAGAACAUUCCCAAAGAUGCAAAGCAUAUUUUCAUACAACGAAGAAAGAUUAAUCAGAUUAGUUUAGGUGGGGCCAUAAGAACACUUUACAUUGAUCCAAAUAUUUUUUCUACAGAGUCAUUAUUUCAUUUGAGCUGCUUGCGUGUUUUGAGAUUUCAUGCACCUAUAUUUGAAUGCAACCAUCAAUUUGUAGUUUUAAUAGGCAGCAUGCAUCAACUACGUUACCUAUCUAUCCAUGCAAAGAUGAUCCAAAUGACAGAGAACUCAUUAGGCAACCUUUACAAGUUACAAAUACUAAUACUCCUAUCUUCUCAUAUAAAUAUGAUACCUCCUGCAUUUGGAAAACUUAUCAACUUACGACACUUGAUUAUUCAAACCAUGAAUGAAGAAUUGGUGCCAAGAUCAUAUUUUGGGAGUAAAAAUCUCCUUACGUUGAAUUUUACUCCAAUCUUUGACUUUUAUCACAUAACAAAUGAAUUUGUUGCAUCUGAGUAUCAAGUAAGAAAAGAUGGCCAAUAUUCUAGCAUUAGAUGGUUGAAACCCCUAAUGAAUUUGCGUGGGAGUCUAGAUAUCUAUGGGCUUGAAAAUGUGGUCGAUUUUGAAGAUGCAAAGAAUGCCAAUUUGCAGAGUAAGCCAUAUAUCGAGAGCCUAAAACUUGUUUGGGCAAAUAUUAAAUAUGAUGAAUGUGCAAGGAAUGAUGAAGCUGUUCUUGAAGGACUCGAACCCCACACAAACCUUAAAAAUUUAUCUAUAGAUGGUUACAGUGGUAACUGUUUCCCAAAUUGGUUUGGCAAUCCAUACUUCUACAAUUUAUCAAACAUAAGGUUGACAAGUUUCCAAAUUAAAGAAGAAUGCAAGUUUCUUCCUCUGUUCAAGCUACCUUCUCUCAAAUCACUUAAAAUAGAGAAGAAUAAGGAGAUAACGAAAAUGGGGCAAGAUUUUUGGUGUUAUAAUGCCCCUUCCGAAGGUCAUGAGAAUUACUCUACAGAGGCGCAUGUGGAUUUUCAUUCAUCCAAAAAUAUGAAAAAUAAAAGUUUUCUUGAAUGGAAAGAGCAUCGAAUGGUGAAGAGUGGAAAUUUCUUGAGCCUUAAGUAUUUACACAUAUUUUAUUGUAAAAAGCUGCAACAGAUAUCGACCCUCCCAUCAACUCUAGAGGAAUUUUCAGUGGACCACUGUGAAAGACUUGAAUAUAUUGCACUCCCUUUUAGCUCAAGAUAUCUUCCUAGGCUUCAAAAAGUGGAUAUUUAUUUAUGUCACAUUCUGAAGUCAGUGAUCAACUUAAAUAAUCUUCUUGGCACUCUUAAAGUUCUAAAGUUAGGUAACUGUUACCUACUCGAGCCCAAUCCAGAUGAAGACUAUGAUCUUUCAUAUGGAAGAGUUUCAUCAGAGAAAGGCAUUGGACAUGUAACGGAAUGUCCAGGGAUGAGAGAGUGGUGCCAACGGCAUGGUUUCACCUAUCAAGAGGAUGGGUCCAAAUUGAAUCUGAAACAAGUACUUCGUCUUGAUUUGGAUGAGUUUCCUAAUAAAGAUUCGGACAACUCUUACGACAAGGAUUGCCAGGAGCUCGAUUCGAUUAAGGAAGCGAUACUUAAUUGGUCCCGACAGCGCAAAGUUUAGGAUUUGGAAGAGGAAAUAAUCUGAUCUUUUGGAGUUCACCCAUUAGUGCAGCCCUCCUUCCUAUAAUAAGCAUUUCCAAAAUAAAUCAUUGCAAAAUAUUUAGUUUUGGUAUUGUAGUAUGAAUUUGAUUUUCUUAUAUUUAGCCAAACUUUAAUUCCUCUUCAUAAAGUGGUUUAAGCACUUGAAGAAGUUCUUGCUGAAUUUGGUUGUGAUUUAUCUCCAAAUAGAAUAGAUUUCAUCUCCAAAUGUGCUCUAAGAUAUAAAAGAGCUUCUUCCUCUCAUCCUCAUCUCCUGGUACAAUCAUAGCAGACCACAAGCAAGAUUCAAAGACCUUUUAUAAGAGCAAAGCAAAAGAAAAGUAUAAAUGACAUUUGUCAUAUAUAGCUAUAUUGAAUCAAUGAAAUAUUUUGUGCUUAGUUUGACAACAA